AUGUCGCGCAACGACUCUCAAGGCUUGCUCAAGCGCACGACGUCGACGGGCGCGUACGGCAUCAACCUCGACGAGCCGUCGCCCCCGCGCACGGUUCCCGCCAUCUAUCUUCCCGGUCAAGGCCGCGAGUGGUCGCCGCAAAACAUGUUCGUGCCCGACCCGAACUCCCUGCGCCGUCACAUGCUCAAAAAACGCCGUGUCCCUCGCUCGAGCAGCUCGCUCCACCUCGCCGAGCGUGCCCACAGAGCUCUCGGGCUCGAGCGUCAACUCGCGACGUCGCCGACCCGCUCAAGCGCCGACCACUCGCGCGCUCACCGCAAGGCGUUCGUCAACCUGAGCGACGAGGACGGCUCGCACAGCGAGACGGACACGGGCAAGGCGCCGGCCGACUCGAGCCCCGACUCGGACUCGGACGACGACUCGUCCUCGAGCGGCGACGAGGGCCUCACGAUGAACGCGAGGCCGCCGCUCGGGCGCUCGAAGACGUGGGCGCACGGCGGCGUGCACGAGCCGCCACGUGCGUCUCGCUCGCACAGCAGCGGCGAGUCGUCGUCCGACGACGACGACGACGGCGAUGCGCUCACCAUGGCGCCCGUCCGCCGCUCCUUCACGGCGCCCGGGCGCUCGUCGUCGUCCGCCGCCGUCGCGCCGGCCUCGACGAGCCGCAAGACGCGCCCGCCGCCGCUCAAGAAGGACGCGUUCGUGCCUCACCCGCGCGACGGUCCCAAAUCGCCCACGACGACCGGGCACGACAACGAGCCGGCGUUCGGCCGGAUCUCGAGCCCCGUCAACGAGCAGAGCAAGAGGCACCGUCGCAGGUCGUUUGUACAAAGCGCUCCGCCGUGGCUCGCGCCGCUAAACAGGGCGAUCGGCGAGCUCUCAUGGCUCUCGAGAGAGGGCGAGGAAAGGAGAAAGCAAAGCGGGCGGAGAGAGUUGCACUGCGAGGAAGAGAGAGGGACCUUUGUAGACAGGGCGAGGGAGGGGGUAACGACCGAGUAUGUGACAGCAUAAGGGGAUAAGGAAAGGAGUGAGAGCGAGAGAGGGUAUCGAAGGAGGAGAGGAAUGAGAGAGAAGGGCGACCGCUUGAGAGACAGAGGUCUAAGUCGAAUCGACGCCGUCGAGCUGCGCCUCGGUCGUCCCGCUGACACGGA